AUGUUCGUGCGCGCCCUGGACCGCUUCUACAAGCGCGUGCAGAAGCUAAACAAGAUCUACGCCUUCACCGACUUCACCGAACGCGGGCUGCAGAUCGUCGCCGAGUCGACGGCCGACCAGUGCGCCUUCCUCCUCGCCCAGCUGAAGACCAAGUUCACCGAGGAGCUGGCCACCCUCCGCCAUGACAUUCUCAACGACAUGAGUCGGAAGCCGAACUCCUCGAGCAUGGGAAGGAAAGGAAGCUCUUCAGCUGCAGACACUGGUUCCGGUUCUGCCUCGCUGCACGACAGCCAGCCGAACUCGCUCUCCGAGGCGGUGAUCGCCUUCGAGACGACCAUCGUCGAGCACCUCAAGUCGACGCUCAGCGCGCUGACGCCCUUCAUGGACGCCGAGCUGACCUUCCUCAAGCGCGACUUCAAGGAGCACUUUGUAGGGCGGUGCGUCUUUCAGGGGAUCGUCCACCAGUACGCCGCCUUCUGCCUGCAGUCGGCGAUUGAGUACGAGCAGACGGAGGCGCUGCUGUACAGCAGUGCCCACGUUCCGCCGCAGCUGGUGCUACUGCUCUCGAAGCUCUGCCUCGACCUGGCGAACCACAUCGUCGGCUACCUCUUUCAGUUCAGCGAGGAGAUGUUUGGGCGGCCCGCUUCGAACAAGGCGCUCAUGGGCGGGCUGGUGAAGGAGGCGCGUGAGUACGCCCAGCGACUGCUCAACAUCUACGUGUGGAUCGAGGGCCAGUCGAUCUCGCACAUGAUUCGCAAGUCCGUCGAGACGAGGGACUGGCUGAGCGGGGUGGAACCGCGGUCGGUGCGCUCGGUGGUGAAGCGGGUCAUAGAGGACGUGACGCUGAUUGACUUUCAGGUGGGCCAGCUCUAUGAGGAGGGCGUGCGGGUGGAGCGCAGCUCGGACUCCAGUCGCACCUUCUCCUCAUUCAACUACAGCGGAAGCAAGCACAAGCAGCAGUCGGCGCACAAGGCGCACACCUCAAAGUCCUCCUGGUCGUACAGUGCAAA